GCUAUUAUCACCAUCCCUACCUAUUCAUUUCCCAAUUUAACUUUCCUAUGCGCAAAACCCUAAUUAUUUGAAAUACCCUCUAACUAACCGCCAUGGGAGACAGCUUCAAUGCCCGAGUCGGCAAAGUUUUCGGCUCCCUCACUGCUUCUUCUUCUUCUUCUUCUUCUUCUAAUUCUAAAUCGCUGCCUUUGAGCUCUCUUUGGAGCCUCACCGACGACGAAAUCGAGAAACGAGAAUGGAACCGAGACAAGAAUAGUCCCCAGCAGCAGGACGAGGACGAGGGCUUCCUCCACAACUUUUCACAGAACAAGAAGAAGGCCAUUAAUUUUGGCGCGGAGCUGGAGAAGGAUCUCGAUGACCUGGACGACGAGGAUGCAGAGGAAGAAGAAGCUAGCGCCUCCUCGAGUAAACCUUCUAAGCCAGAGGAUUAUAAUGAUGAAGAGUGGGAGAUUAAGUCUUCCAUUGGGAGGGACUGUACUCUUGAUUACGAGGAAGAGGAAGAUGCAUACGAUAAAGUGGCAGUUGGAAGGGAUAAGAAUGGAGAUCGCCUUUACAUGAAAGAUGUGAAUGACUACGACAUAGAUGCGGAUUCUUGCAACACACUUCCAACAACGUUCAAGGAUUUCAGUAGAGAUCCACGUGCCAAUCACAUCGCUGCAAAACUUAGGCUCAUGGAAGAUGAAGAAGCUACUAAGAGAAGGCUUGAAGAAGAUGCUGAAGCUGCUAAAAAAAUCGAUUCAUUGCAUGUGUCUGAUAGUGAUGCAGCUGUGGGUGUGGAGGCUCACAUUAGCACAUUUGAGGACGGUAACCCGAAAUCCAUUUUGAAGAGGAAGGAUGCCGAGUCAAAUUCAAAAUCGCAGAAACGAGUCCGUUUUGAUUCUGAAUGUUGUAAAAAUGAUUGCAGUGAAGGCCCUGAAAGAACCAAAGAUGUUCAGGGGGAAGUUUGCUUGACAGAGGAAGAAGAUGCUAUGGUUUCCAAAGAGGUAUCUGAUUAUCCAUCUGGAAUUCCAGAUUAUAUGCAGAACCCUUCAAAAUAUACUCGGUAUACUUUUGAUACUAGUGAAGUAGAUGAUGAAUCAAAUCGGUUAGCCUAUAUGGACUUCCUUAGACUGGUUAGGAGGUCAGAUGGUACAGAACCACAGGCUGAUGAUGGUCCAGGUGAUCUUACAAAACCAGUAACUUUUAUACCAAGGAAGAAAAUUGGCGAUGUGAUCAUGGGAGAAAGUGGCAUCGAGUCAAAACAAACAGGAGAAGGUGCUGACAAGAAGCCCAUGCAUAGGCGAGGCUUGCAGAUUGGAAUUGCAGCUGGGGAUACUGAUGAUGGAGUUUGUGCAAUGGAUGAAGAUGAACCACAAACAAGCAUUGACAACAGAAACAUCUCCCAGAGAUCAGGCCGUCAAUAUCGAAUGAAAUCUUGCUCAGAGUAGCAUGAUUAGUUUUUUUUUAUCAUCUAAUGCAGUUCUGACUUGUUACUAUUCUAGUUUCUCAGCGGGCAAGCAUGUACGUCAUCAGCAAGAUACUGUACUUUCGUGUGGACAGAGAAGAGAACUGGAGAAAGGAAAGAUUGAAAGAACAGAUCUUGAGGGAGUAAACAGUUCGACUUAUCUAGUAAGAGUUUCAUUCGGCCUAUAUAUGUAUAAGUAGUUUGUGGCUCAUGUGAUUCAUGGGUUCAAUUCAUACGAUUUGAGUUUUGAUUUAUAUAUGCAGUACUAAUAAUUUAUUAAAA